CAGAAACAAUUCCAUACCAUAUCUCCUAAAUUUUCCCGAGUCUAAAUAACCGACUGAGCGCCCUCGUUUUGGUCGCCCUGGUUUUUCUUUCCCGAUAUAUACUCCUCACUCUCACGUUCACAGAAACAGACACUAUCUCUUCCCCUCUCUCUAUCUUGUCUCUCUCUAUCUCUGGUAUAGAAGGCGAGUCCGUGGGGAGUUCUAGUCUAGAUGUAAUUCCUUCUGUGGACACUCAAAUAGAGAAGUGUAUUGAAUUCUAUUUUCAUUUCUUUCCAACUACAUUAAUACGAUCCUUUCAUGAUCAAUCAUCAAUCGCUUAUAUGCUACAACUUCUUGAAUUGAGAGAUUCAAGGGAGGGAAAAAGGAAAGUUGAAUUGAGAGAAAGGGAGGGAAAAAAGAAAGAAAAGAUCUUCACUGGAGCCCGCAUGCAGUUUCUGGGUCGUUUCUGUUUGUUGGUUGCGGUUUGCUCUGCUCUUGAGUUGCAUAAGAGAAUUUUGAAGGUUUUUCUGGGACUGUUUCUGAUGGAUUUUGCUUCUUUAUUGAAAAUGUUAACUCGAAAUAGUGAAUUGAAAGGUGGGUUUUUGGUUCUUGGGUGUUUCUCUCCAGUUUUUAAUGUUUUUGGAUUGUUUUUGUUGUUUGGUUUGGGAUUGAAGUUGAUGCAAUUUACUUGGCAGGUUAAGAGUUUAAUUCAGUUUUUUUGUGAAAUUAGAGGAAAAUCAGGUGAGACAACAUGUGGGUUUUGUUCAGAAAAGGGUUUUGAUAAAGUAAAUGGUUCUAAAAUGAUUUCUUGCGAGUGUAAUUCGUUGGAAUUCUUGGAUAAUUCAAAGUCUGGAACUAAGGGUAAUAAUCUGUUCACAAAGAAGGAACCUGCGAAAACAAAUGGUGAUUCAACUGAUGAUAAUGAGGAAGUUGAUAAUUUUGUUGAAGAUGAGGAAUUUGAUGUAAAGGCAUUGAAAAGAUUGGUUAAAAUUGAAAGGCAUAGAGCAGAAAUGGCUUAUGCGGAACUUGAGAAGGAAAGAUCGGCCUCUGCAUCAGCUGCUGAUGAGGCAAUGGCAAUGAUUUUGAGGCUUCAAAGUGAAAAAAGUUUUUUAGACAUUGAAGCCAAUCAAUACCGUAGAUUGGCAGAGCAACAACGAGAAUAUGAUCAAGAAGUGAUUCAAUUAUUACAAUGGAUUAUAAUGAAAUAUGAGUCUGAAAAAGCGUCAUUAGAGGAAAAGUUGGAAUUGUGUGAGCAAAAAUUGAAGCAGUGCAUGGAUAGUGAUGAAGUGGAUGAAUUUGAACGGUAUGAUGAAUCCAUUUUGAGUCUUAAUGUUGAUUCUGACAUGGAAAAUGGUUUUGAGGAUGUGAAAACAAAUUCAGCUGAAAUGGACUUCUCAGUUUCGUAAGUUCUGAUUGUACCUUGUAGUUUAAUAACAUAUGAAUAUGAAUCUAGUUUUCCAUUAACCUUUUGUUGAGUUGAUCAGAGAUUAGAAUUGAGUUGUUUUUCAUAGCUUGUAAACAAAAACCUGUAAAUACAUUUUACUAUGCAGUCUUGAAAUGAAACAAUAUUGAAAAGAGAUUUUAACUUUGCCA